UAACACGAACUUCCUCUAAUUUUCUGAGACAUAGAUGUGGUUAUAAAUCAGGCUCGGCACAGUUCGAAGCAAUGGAACACCGUGGACGAGGCACUGGACACUUCUUAAACCCUUCAUAACUUCGAGAACAUCGUUGCACAACGCGUCGGCAGAGAUGAGUGAGAUAAUGGGUAUAGCGAUGGCUCUCGUUAUCCUGAGUGUUCACGGGGAGAUUACGAGUAACGGGCAUUGUGCGGGGGGCAACUGCUUCACUGUCCACAUGGAAAAGGCGGAUUUCACCACAGCGCAACAAGCUUGUGAAGAGAAAGGCGGACAUUUGAUGACCGUUCGUCAGGACACGACGAGCGAUAUACUGGCGGAUUUACUGGCCGCCGUUCCCGGAGACUAUUGGCUCGGACUGAGAUAUGCCGGUGAUCGGUGUACCAACUCAACUCUUGGGUUAAAGGGAUACAAAUGGAUCACCGGAGAGAACACAACUCAAUACAUCAACUUGAUAAGCAACCAGAUGCUCUGUUCCCAGCGAUGUGUGUCAGUGUCAUCGAACGUUCUAAAAUGGAACGAAAGACAUUGUCGCGAGGAAAUUGACGGAUAUUUGUGCGAACACAAGAAUGCCGACUACUGUGGUCCAUUGAGUUCGAGCCAAACAGUCUUCUAUAAAACAGUGCUUGGCUUUUCGACAAAUGGGAAACUCAAAGAGAUUCCUCAAGGAACCAUUGGAACCAUUCUGCCGUUUGGAACGCGGUCUAUCUGCGCAUCCGGCACGUGGUUUACAGGACCUUGGAGCUGUGAGGUGUUUGGUGGUGGUUGUGAUUAUGAGUGCGUUCAGAACGAACAAAACAACACGUGCACCUGCCCGAAAGGAUAUCAAAUAGAUGACAACAGAGUCACUUGCACCAAACAGGAUGACCCAUGUUUGCUGGCAGAAUGUGAGCACGGUUGCUCAAAAGUUGGCAACACAUAUGUGUGCAUCUGUCGCCAGGGGUUUGAACUGGAUGCAGAUAGGAAGACGUGCAAAGACAUAAACGAUUGCAUUGAUGAAAGUCUGUGUCAGGGUCAGAACGAGGAGUGUGUCAACACAAUAGGUAGCUUCGAGUGUCGUUGCAAGCUCGGGUUUGAGAGAGAGGGUCUCCUUUGCAUUGAUGUCGACGAAUGUUUUAUGUCUGGAUCUGUGAAAUGUGAUCACGAGUGCGUCAAAGAUGAAGGGGGCUUUCACUGUGAAUGCCACGAAGGAUACAUACUAUCAAAAAUAGACACACGAUCAUGCUUUAUGAUGAACUGCUCGUAUAAAUGCCCUGCAGAUUGCGACAGCAAUAAUAGUGUCCAGUGCAUAUGUCCGUAUGGUUACCUCCUUGAAGACGAACAAUUUUGCGUUGAUAUAGAUGAAUGCGACAAUGACGACUGUGACCAAAACUGUACCAAUACACCUGGUGGAUUUGAAUGUUUUUGCUAUGAAGGAUUCGAGCUUAUAGAUGAAUUCAGUUGUGAGAGAAAAGACACUGGGGGUUUAGAUACCUCUUUGACUUUUGAUGAUUUUAUACCUACCAGCAGACCCCCAACCGACCAGCCAGUGCCCCUUUCAGCUGGCAUCCUGUUGGCAAUAAUGAUUUGCACCGUUCUGUCUGUUCUUGUACUGGUGUGCCUCACUCACUACAUACUGAGACGUCGAAAUAAAAUGCACCAUUAUGACGUAUACAAAGGCCAGUGUGACGUCAGCUAUUUUCAACAGGUGGUCAUUGAAAAUAACAGCGCACAACUGUCGUUGCCAAGCAGGUGUUUAAAACAAGACGCCUAAAAUCGGACUUCAUUUAUGCUGUACAAUGAAAAUAGAAAAAUUAUGCCUAUUUAAGAUAUAUAAAAUAUUCAUCAUUUUAACAAAUAUUUUUUUUAUAUAAAAUGUAUUUAAUGACAUUGUAAUUAUUUCUUUUUUGAAGAAGUAUUCAGUGUCAGUAUUGCUGAAUGGUGUCUUGUGAAGAGAAUAAAUAUUUUGUUUAAAUA